GUGCGCAGCUACAGGUGUAUCUAUUGGCUCUACUGCAACACCCCCGACAUGCCAGAAGCGCGAAGGGUGCUCGGCUUAUUUCUUCCGAUUUGCGAGCGGAUGAGGUGUCAACAUAUCCUGGCAAAGAAAAAAAAAGCUCCGAGAUAUCAUGUGAGGAUCUGAGAUCGAGUUCAGCUGCGAAGCGUUUCCAUAGACCGUCGGAACGGUGGUCGCUCAAGAAAACUGUGCGUGGGAAGAGGUGCUCAAGUAUUCAGGUAUCCCGCAAUCUGGCUCUUGCAAUAACUCCCAUUGUGUCUACGAAUCAGGAAGACUCGCAUCUUGGCAUCUCGUUCGGAAGUGUGACAGCUGCGGUUAAUCAAGCCCUGUAUUAAGUGUAACGGGUAUCCAGACCGGUCGAGAUCUCCACUGGUUUGCAGGGGGUCUGGUGGGCACGUACAGGAACCCAGAAUGUGGUAUUCGUCUGGCGCUGUCGAGGCACGCUCAGACCGUGCAUCUCGCGGCCCCCAUGAUCAUGUCGAUAUCAGGAACAAGGCCUCAUCGCAAGCGCAUUCUAGUGCACCGAUCGCACAAGUCUUGAAUGACUCAGUGUCUUCAUCUCAUACAUUCCAGUCUCCGUCUGGUCGUCAAACGCCACAACAUGCAGCCUUUGGUAUCAGGAAAGAUGGUCCAAUUUCAGGCCCUACGGCAAUUUCACCAGAUGCACGCAGACGAGACGAACACCACAACUCUGUUGGAUACUCUGGAGGCGAUGCUUCGUUGAUUCAGUUGCCAAAACCCCCACAGGUGCCACGAAAGACUGCGAAGAGGCCCAGAAUUCCGCCACUGCUGCAGGGUCUACAUCAGCCUCCUCCACUACCACCCAAGAAUAGAUUGUUUCCGCCCAUUACCAGCGACAGAAGUGGAAUUGUAAGCGAUGUCGGUGAUCGGUUCAAUCUUGGAAGUACCUUCCCCACGAGCGGCACUGAGGAGCUGGCCAAACCUCGAGUCCCGCAACGGAAGGGGAACGAAGUCGAAAGCAACCAUGUAGGACAAACAACAACCGCACUUAGCCAUAGAGAAGGACUUCAAGAGCAUGAAUGGAGUACUGAGUUUACGGCAGACUCUCUACCAGUGGCCCAGACUACGAGUAGAGUUCAGAGUAAAGUCAAGGCACCGCGAAAGCGGACCAGGUGGUCACAGAAAGAGACAGAAGACUUGCUCAUCGGAGUCAGCAGGUUCGGUAUCGGCAGAUGGAAACAGAUACUUGAGUGUACAGAGUUCCACUUUCAGGCGCGAACCGCAGUGGAUUUGAAGGAUCGAUUCCGAAUAUGCCGUCCUGGAGAAGGACUCAAAGCCAGGAAAGCAGCUAUACCGGAGGGGUCAACAACGGCAAAACCGACAGAGACUGGCGACCCAGUUAGCCACGCCAGCCUUGCGCCUAUCGAAGACGUAACAGUCCAUCCUGCCCCGCCCAUUCAGCGAACAACUUCCGAAGAGACAAACUUGAUCGACCAAGCUGCUACAAGCAAGCCAGAAAUCCACGGCCCAUUCCUCAAAAGUAAGCGUCGAGCGCGCCGUGAGUUCAGUGAUACGGACGACAAGAACCUACUCAAAGGCUUCAAGCGGCAUGGCGCUGUAUGGCACUCAAUGCGUGAUGACUUCGAAUUGGGUUUCGGUAUGCGCCAUCCUACGGACUUGCGCGACCGCUUUCGUAUCAGGUACCCGGAUCUCUUCGCCCAAGCUGGCUAUAAGCUGAAGCCCAAAGAGGAGCGCGCACUCAAAGAUCGGGCAGAAGUGAUCAAAGCACAAGGAGCGCGAGCAUCAAGACAUCCUACUACAACAACCGUUACGACGUCUGACAAGAAUGACAAGUUGACUGCUCAUACAUUGGUGACUAUUACGCCCAAUGUACCAUCCGUCACCACCCUCAUGCCGGUCGCUACAACGUCGCAAGCUGAAUCACUGCGGCCUACGUUCGACCCGAUCACCGAUCUCACGUUCGAUGAUGACGAGGGCGACCGAAGUCCUAUCGUCUUGAACCGCAACAUCCUACAGUGGGCCGACGAGAACUCUGCGGCUCUGCCUUCGACGACUGCAGUAUCAGCGAAUACCCAGGCGACCACUCAUGUGGCCAGCGAUCUGCUCUACAACCCAUUCACCGCAAGCGACGGUCUCCAUAUCAACCCUCUGGCCACGCUCAAAUUACCAUCCACAGCCCACUGGAGCUACAUGAAUCCUUCCACUGCAGCCCCGCCACCCUCGCUACCACCUCCUGGACCGUUGAAGCAUUCGCUACCUGCAAACAGUGCGAGCACGUCCACGUCCAGGGCACAGCACGAUAUGCGUACGCCAAACCUGCCGAACAUAGUCUUCCCAUACGUGCCGAAUGCCAGUGCUAGGAACGCUGUACAUAAUCUUCCUGCGCCUGCGGACAUACUGUCAUCGGGGCAGACGGGUACUUCAGACAACCACAUUUGGAUUGGGUAAUGCGUUUCGACGCUUCAAUGUCGAUGAUACCAAGCUGUCAAAAGUAGAAGAGAAGAAUAUGCUAGUCACAAACAAUGCAAAC